AUCCCGUCCAUGGACCACAAAAUGUAGAAGUCGUUGAUAUUCGCUCCCGGCAGCUGACGUUGCAGUGGGAACCCUUUGGUUAUGCGGUGACCCGCUGCCACAGCUACAAUCUCACAGUACAGUACCAGUAUGUGUUUAACCAGCAAAAAUUUGAGGCAGAAGAACUCAUCCAAACUUCUUCCCACUACACUUUGCGAGGUCUUCGGCCCUUCAUGACCAUCAGGCUGAGGUUAGCCCUCUCUAACCCAGAGGGCAAAAUAGAAAGUGAGGAGCUGGUUGUGCAGACUGAGGAAGAUGUUCCUGGACCUGUUCCUCUGGAAUCCAUCCAGGGAGGACCUUUUGAAGAGAAGAUCUAUGUUCAGUGGAAGCCUCCAAAUGAGACAAAUGGCAUCAUUACACUCUAUGAGAUUACAUACAAGGCCGUUGGAUCUCUGGAUCCCAGUGCUGACCUGUCCAGCCAAAGAGGGAAAGUCUUCAAACUAAGGAAUGAAACACAUCACCUCUUUGUAGGAUUGUACCCAGGGACUACGUAUUCAUUCACCAUCAAAGCCAGCACAGUCAAGGGCUUUGGGCCACCCAUCACAACACGGAUUGCAACUAAGAUUUCAGCACCGUCGAUGCCAGAAUAUGACACGGACUCCCCCCUGAAUGAGACUGACACUACCAUCACCGUUAUGCUGAAGCCCGCUCAGUCCCGAGGAGCACCUGUCAGUGUCUAUCAACUUGUUGUCAAGGAGGAGAAGCUGCAGAAAGCACGGAGAGCUGCGGACAUCAUUGAAUGCUUCUCUGUCCCAGUGAGCUACAAGAACGCUUCAAGUCUGGACUCCCCACACUACUUUGCAGCUGAGCUGAAACCCAUCAACCUGCCCGUCACACAGCCAUUCACAGUGGGUGACAACAAAACCUACAAUGGCUACUGGAAUGCUCCACUUUCUCCCCUGAAAAGCUACAGCAUAUACUUCCAGGCUCUUAGCAAGGCAAAUGGAGAAACAAAAAUCAACUGUGUCCGGCUGGCAACAAAAGGAGCUUCCACCCAGAAUUCCAAUGCAGUGGAACCAGAAAAACAAGUUGACAGCACGGUGAAAAUGGCCGGAGUCAUAGCUGGUCUUCUGAUGUUUGUUAUUAUCCUCUUGGGAGCAAUGCUUACCAUCAAGAGAAGAAGGAAUGCAUAUUCCUACUCCUAUUACUUGAAGCUAGCCAAGAAGCAGAAGGAGACUCAGACCAGCACGCAGAGGGAGAUGGGGCCUGUGGCUACUUCUGACAAGACCUCUACCAAACUCAGUGCUGUUCACAAUGAAGAAGCUUUUUCUUCCAGCUGCCAAGAUGUUAAUGGAUUCACAUCACCCUCUCCUUGUUCAUUUUCUGUCCAAAGCAAAACCCUUCAGAGCAAAUCUUUGUUGAAUUCCUACUACUCAGUAUCAUCAGACACUGUUCCAUCGACCACGCUGUUAGACAGUAGCCACGGAGAGAUGACCCAGCCAACCCUGACUAUCCAGACUCACCCAUACCGGAGCUGCGAGCCAGUGGAAAUGUCCUACCCCCGGGGGCAGUUCCAGCCAGCCAUCCGAGUGGCCGACCUACUGCAGCACAUCACCCAGAUGAAGCGAGGACAGGGCUAUGGAUUUAAAGAGGAGUAUGAGGCACUACCCGAGGGGCAGACGGCAUCCUGGGAUACAGCCAAGGAAGAUGAAAACCGCAAUAAGAACAGAUAUGGGAACAUAAUCUCCUAUGAUCAUUCAAGAGUGAGAUUGCAACUGCUGGAUGGGGACCCUCACUCUGACUACAUAAACGCCAAUUACAUCGACGGAUACCACCGGCCUCGCCAUUACAUUGCAACUCAAGGGCCAAUGCAAGAGACAGUGAAAGAUUUCUGGAGAAUGAUUUGGCAAGAGAACUCUGCAAGUGUUGUCAUGGUCACCAACUUGGUGGAAGUGGGCAGGGUGAAGUGUGUUCGAUACUGGCCAGAUGACACAGAGGUCUAUGGAGAUAUUAAAGUCACGUUAAUUGAGACAGAACCUUUGGCAGAGUAUGUCAUACGCACAUUUACUGUACAAAAGAAAGGCUACCAUGAGAUCCGAGAGAUUCGGCAGUUCCAUUUCACCAGCUGGCCGGACCACGGGGUUCCUUGCUAUGCCACAGGCCUCCUGGGCUUCGUUCGUCAAGUGAAGUUUCUCAAUCCCCUAGAAGCAGGACCCAUUGUUGUGCACUGCAGUGCUGGGGCCGGGAGAACAGGGUGCUUUAUUGCCAUCGACAUCAUGCUUGACAUGGCAGAGAACGAAGGCGUGGUAGAUAUAUUUAACUGUGUGCGAGAGCUGCGAUCCCAAAGGGUCAAUCUGGUGCAGACGGAGGAGCAGUAUGUAUUUGUCCACGAUGCCAUUUUGGAGGCAUGUCUCUGUGGGAACACGGCCAUUCCAGUUUGUGAGUUCAGAUCCAUAUAUUACAACAUCAGCAGACUAGAUCCACAGACCAAUUCCAGCCAGAUAAAAGAUGAGUUUCAGACUCUCAAUAUUGUGACACCACGUGUUCGGCCAGAAGACUGCAGUAUCGGUCUUUUACCAAGGAACCAUGACAAGAACCGCUGCAUGGAUGUGUUGCCCUUGGACCGGUGCCUACCUUUCCUCAUCUCUGUGGAUGGUGAAUCAAGUAACUACAUCAAUGCUGCCCUCAUGGAUAGCCACAAGCAACCUGCUGCCUUUAUUGUAACCCAGCACCCUUUGCCCAACACCAUAGCAGACUUCUGGAGGCUGGUGUUUGAUUAUAACUGCUCCUCUGUUGUGAUGCUGAAUGAGAUGGAUGCAGCACAGCUCUGCAUGCAGUACUGGCCAGAGAAGACGUCCUGUUGUUACGGCCCAAUUCAAGUAGAGUUUGUUUCAGCAGACAUUGAUGAAGAUAUCAUCAACCGGAUAUUCCGGAUCUGCAACAUGGCCAGGCCUCAGGAUGGAUAUCGCAUAGUUCAGCACCUGCAGUACAUUGGCUGGCCAGCAUACAGGGACACCCCUCCUUCCAAACGCUCCCUCCUGAAGGUGGUCAGAAGAUUGGAGAAGUGGCAGGAACAGUACGAUGGAAGAGAUGGACGGACUGUUGUUCACUGCCUGAAUGGUGGGGGACGCAGUGGCACCUUCUGUGCUAUCUGCAGCGUGUGUGAAAUGAUUCAACAGCAAAAUAUCAUUGAUGUGUUCCACAUAGUGAAAACGUUACGGAAUAACAAAUCCAACAUGGUGGAGUCACUGGAACAGUAUAAAUUUGUAUACGAGGUUGCACUGGAAUACUUGAGUUCCUUUUAGCCCAGCGGAGGGAGGGGAGCCUCAGAAAUGCCAGACCCCAAUCUCUGGCAGACACUUCUCCCCUCUCCCACACUGGAAGGCAGUAAAAGUGUGGGAAGGAAAACCUCUCCUUCCCGGAGCAAGAGACUGAGAUUGCACAGACCUCGCUGGAAGGAGGAGACGAUGCCUGUGUUUGCUGCUGCCCGCUUUCUACCGGAACAUCUACCGCUUCUUAAAUAACCUACUGUAAAAUUUAGCAAAAUGGGAGACAGGCUGAAAGACUGGACUUUCUGAUCCCCUCUGACUUCUUCUCUCCUCUUUUGGAUUUUGUUUUUGCUCUCCUUGCUGCAGAGUGGGGAAGGAAUGAAACCCUUAGGAAAUUCUCUUUUAAAUGCCUCCUUUUUUAAUUUAUAAUUUUGUUCUCAAAUCUCAGUCUUUAAUUUCUUAAUUUCAUGCAGCAGUCAUUUGGGAAAAAUGAGAUAGCCAUAGGGGAUAUACGAAAUGCUUCAUUACAAUUUGUCUACCUUCUCUGUUUCCUUUUAUUUGUUUUUCCAAAUGAAAAGGCCAACACAAAAAAAA